CUACCUCUACUGUCUCGGACACCAUUACAGUACACCACCUCAAGCUAGUAGCCACCUUCUCCCCAAGCACACACUCUCCUCCCAAACCCUAGCACCAGCUAGCUCUCUCACUCUACUCCAAUGGCGCGCUUCCAGAUCGUGGCCUUGGCCAUGGCGAUGCUCUUCGCCGCCGCAUCAGCUCAGGCCCCGGCGGCCACCCCGACGCCCGCUCCCAAGGCGUCCCCUCCUCCGGCGACGCCGCCGCCGACGCCUGCGCCGGUGUCAGCGCCCCCGGCUCAGGCCCCGGCCACUCCUCCCCCGGCUCCGGCUCCCGCCCCCAAGGCCUCAGCUCCGGCUCCCGCCCCCAAGGCCUCGGCUCCGGCUCCCGUGCCCGCGGCCGCGGCUCCCACCCCGGAGAUCAGCUCGCCACCAGCCCCGUCACCGGCAGGCUUGGCCCCGUCUCCCACCGCCGAGGUGACCCCUCCCCCCAGCGCCGCCGCCGGCGUCUCCCCCGCCGCCGCGUGGGUCGCCGCCGCCGCCGUGGCCGCCGCCGCCGCGUUCUACUGAGAUCGAGGCUGAUGAGAUCCGCCGACCACCUCAUUAAUUUAUUACCCGUCCAUCAGAGGGACCCACCAUUCCUCCUCCUCCUCUCCUGAUCUCCUCCUUUUCCUUCUUCAUCUGUGGUGGUGGUGUUGAGCUGUUUAUUUUAUUUCUCUCUCUAUCUUUUUUUUCUUCCAUUUUUUUGGGCAUUUUUUUUCCAUUCAGGCAUUCGAUUCAGUAGGUGUGUGGGCGUGUGGCGUGGACAGAUUGGUUGGUUGGGUUGGUGUUGUGCUGCUCCUCCAUUGUACUAUACAUCUCCCGUUGUUCAAUAUUCCUUUCACUUUGGACUUUUUACUCUCUUUUA